CUCCGUCGUGACGUCAUUUACAAGGGACUCGCUAAUAUCUUGCUAUAUUUGUCCGAUUAGCCGGUGUCUCCGUUACACGUUAAAUUUGACUUUAUCCCCCUUAUACACUAGGAGACACCGUUAGCUUAUGCUAAGUAGUUUUUAUGUAUCGACACCCGAGUGUAAAAUAUGCCAGUUCAACAAGAAGCCCGAAUAACCCCAUGUUUGUCCGACCCCUGAGUGCAGUGGGCUCUGCUCCAGCUGCUGCUGCUGUUUGGAGACAGUGGUACUGGAGAAAUACAUCUCCAUUCAUCACCACCAGAAACCCCUUCACUUCCCCUAGACCCUUCUGUCCCUUCCCCUGGACUGAGCUGCCCAGCACUGAUCACCAAAGACACCUCCAUCUUUCAGCUGGUCUGAUGAGACACCCAGAUUCAGAGCCUCCUGUUAAAAGGAGAAGGAGUUUGGAGUGUGAGCGCACAGGUGAAGAUGUGCAGCACAGCUCUAAACGCACAGCUUCACGAGAGAGAAGAGAGUCUGUUCCUCCUGCAUGGCUGCACGACGUUCCUGAUGUUCUACGUCCUCCAAGGGAAAGUUCUCCAAGCCUCGUUAAAUCAGAGUUAAAGAGGCAGUGGGAGGAUCUUACCGAAAGCCGUGUAAUCAGAAGCGACGGUCCCUUCGAUUUCUCCGUGAUGUCCUACAAUAUUCUUUCUCAAGAACUGCUUCUCAGCAAUCCAUACCUUUAUAAACACUGUCACCCUCAUGUGUUGGGGUGGCGUCAUCGGUUCUCCAAAAUCAUACAGGAGCUGGAGCAGCACGCUGCAGAUAUAAUGUGUCUGCAGGAGGUACAAGAGGAUCAUUAUCAGAAGCAGAUCAAACCCAGUUUAGAACAUUUAGGCUACCACUGUGAGUACAAACGCCGGACUGGUCGCAAGCUGGACGGCUGCAUGGUAGCUUUUAAGAAGUCUCGCUUCGCACUCUCCUCGUCUCAACCUGUGGAGUUUUUCCGACAUGGAAUCCCCAUCCUGGACCGGGAUAACGUGGGACUGAUUGUGGUACUUAAACCCGUCGGCGCAUCACAGUCAGAACACAAAGUCUGCGUGGUCACCACUCACCUUCUGUACAACCCGCGUCGUGGUGACAUCAAGCUGGCACAGCUGGCACUGCUGCUGGCCGAGACCAAUCGCAUAGCACGGCAGGAGGACGGCACGACCUGCCCAAUACUGCUGUGUGGUGACUUUAACUCGGUGCCUGCAAGUCCUCUCUACACCUUCAUCACAGACAGUAAGCUGCAGUAUGCAGGCAUUCCCAUCGGGAAGGUAUCGGGACAGGAAGAAAGCCCUCGAGGACAGCGAGUCCUCACCUCACCCUUGUGGCCCUCUAGCCUCGGGAUCUCCCACAUGUGCCAGUAUGAAGGCCAAGCUAAGGAUCCUGAUGUGAAGAAACCAAAAAAAAGCCUGAACAAAUCCAGCAUUGAACAUGUUCUUAAGCUGACCUCGGUGUACUCUCACUACCUGAAAGAGAGCGGCCAUCAAGAAAUCACCACCUGCCACUCACGCACAGCCAUUACUGUCGAUUACAUCUUCUAUUCACCAGCACAGAGGGACGAGUCUGGCUCGAUGGAAUGCAGUGCUGCACCACAGCGAGGCCUGCAGCUGUUGUCCAGGCUGGCCCUGGUCAGCGAGGCCGAGCUGAAGGAAGUGAACGGUCUGCCUAAUCAGCACCACUCGUCCGAUCACCUCCCUCUCGUCGCCCGCUUCCGCCUGCACUCCUGAGCCUCAAGGCUUCACGAUGCCGCGUCACAAACGUGCAUCAGUUGUGAUGUUGCAGACAGGAGACAAACUACACGAACAGGUUCUACACCAGUCACUUCGUCUCACAGUCAGAACACGACGUGUUUGGAGUUUGUUGCGUUCGCUUCUCAUUUUUACCACCGACACUGACGAGUAAGCGAUGAGCGACGACUGAAACACGACUCUACUUUUGUUAUUACCGGAAUUUCUUCUAAAUUCUCCCAUUUAUUAAUAUCUGAUUUUAUUAAAGAUUACUGAUAAUUUAUUAAACACGAAUUAUAAGCUGGUUUCUUAUCUACAUGUGUAAUGCAUACACUAAAGCUGCAGCUGAUACGACGUACUAUUAGGGUAAAGACACGUUACGGGUAUUUUAUUUCUUAAAUAAAUGAAUCCUAGCCAAACGUGAACAGAAUAAAAGGGACCCCGCAGCAGGUCAUCAUCGUAUGAGAAACUGUGUUCUUUAAAGUUUCACCUCCUCCGAAGAAUAACUUUUGUCUCCUGGCUUUCUUGCCCCAGAACCUGGAAAUUAAAGACCAAAUGAUCUCUAAAAACAGAUCUGUUUACCAGAUAGUUGUUCUAAAUUCCACAUGACAGAUCUACGGAAAAAUUGUAACUGAUUUUAAGUUGUAUUUUUGAAUAAAUCAUAUAUCAAUUGGA